CUGAGAUCUCACUAUAUUUCUCGAGUUUUUAAUUUAUUGGAUUAACACACUUGCAGCAAAUGAGCGAUAUGUGCAUGCACAAAUGCCUUGGUUCUGAUGAAUGUGCUUACAAAGCCAAUAAAUUACAGCAGUAGAAACUUCUGAAGAAAUAAUAAAACUGUAAAUAACGAACCAGUGGAGCUCUUAAUACAGCAACAGGAAAAGUUGGUUGUUAACUUGUGGGGGCCCUAGAUUUCAGAUUGACGGAUCACUGCCGUAAAUUCAACUGUAGCAUUUUUAACUGAAAUCGUUGCAUAACAAUGUCAACCGCGACUCGUAGUACCAAUGCUAAUACAUCAGUUGGCCAACCAAACAGCUAUCUAUACCACCAAUGCCUUCAAUCCGAAAGUCAAAAUGAACAACAUUCGACGGUUGAUGCCAGUAAUUUUCCGCUUAGAUCCAUAAAAGACGUGGUGGGCUUUUUUCGUCGAUCCACGGAGGAUGGAUUCUCGGGGAAAGCAAUUGAGCCUGAUCUUACAUUGCUUUCUAUAGUAGCAGGUUAUGUAGAGCUCUCCUUAACUACAGGCGAUGCUGCCUUAGCUGCUGAACACGCGCUGUUAAAUGCAACAUUGAAUACGACUAUUUCUCCACCUCCCCUUGCGGGCGGAGCAGGAAGCGCAGGGAUAUCAGCGUCGAAUCGCGUUAUAAAAAGCAACAGUGUGCCUUUUCCUGUUGUUACAUACGAACUGGUUUCGGGAUUAUACAAAAAAUUUCAAAGCAUACUAUCCGUAGUAGAAAAGCCGAAGUCAAUGCAAAAUCGCCAAGCAACUCGCGAAGUUAUUAAAAAAGUCUCGGAUGUCAUUUGGCAUUCUUUAAUAAGAAGUAGUUACAAAGAUCGUGCUCAUUUACAAAAUCUUUAUUGUUAUUUAUCCGGCAAUAAAUUGGACUGCUUCGGUGUAGCUCUCGCAGUUGUCGCAGGCUGCCAAAUGCUUGGAUAUCGUGAUGUACAUUUGGCUAUAUCGGAAGACCACGCGUGGGUUGUAUUUGGAUCUACACAUGAUGAAUGUAUUGAGGUUACAUGGCAUGGUAAAGGUAGUGAAGAUAAACGUGGUCAGGAUAUAACCGCAGGGAUUGAAUCCGGCUCUUGGUUGUAUUUGGGUGGUUUGGCAGUAGUAUGUGACAGGGCUAUGGAAGUUGCCGCUAUUGCCACUGCGAUAAAUAUAUCCAUGACAACUAAUAGUGAUUGUGUUGAAGUAGCAGAUUUGCAACAACAGUUACUUUGGGUGCUGUACGAUAUGGGUCAUUUAAAAAAGUUUCCCAUGGCUUUAGGAACACUUGGCGAAUUGGAGGAAAUUUGUUCAACACCUAAACGCAUAUCUUGUGAGCAAUUAUAUAAAGAGGCCAUACAGUCUGCACGCAGAUACUAUCGUAACCAUCAUGUCUAUCCUUACACUUACCAGGGAAAUUUUUAUAAUCGGCUGUUGAAGUAUCGUGAAGCUUUUGCCGCGUGGGCCAAUGCAGCAGAUGUAAUACGUAUAUAUACGUAUAGUUGCCGUGACGAUGAGGAAAUCUAUAAAGAGCUUUUGGACAUUGCCAAUGAGAUGAUACCGCACGUAAUGAAGACGGAGAGUUCGGGCCAUUCGGGAAGAAGUAUUUUGCGCGAUUCCGAAGCUUUUGCUAAUCUAUUGCGUUUUUAUGAUGGCAUUUGCCAAUGGGAAGAAGACAGCUUAACACCAAUAUUGCAUAUUGGUUGGGCUAAGCCAUUAGUAAAUAAUAUAACGAAAUUCGACUAUGAUAUUAGAUCACAAGUUGUGAUUAACGUCCCUAUAGAGGAUGAAAUUACACAAGCAAAAAAACAAUUGUUCCCAUCACUAACCGAAACAACCUCACUAAAAGUUUUAGAAAAUAUAGUGAGAGAAGUUCAACCGCAUGUUGAAGUUUCCAUAACUGAAACCAAAAGCGAUCAAGAUGGUACUUAUAGUAUGAAUAAUAAUAUCCUUAAAACAGAGGAGAAAGCUCUGUUGGAUGCGAAAAAAUCGGAUAUUACGACUACGCUUGCGGAUUUAACUGCUGCGUGUGGUGAGAAGAUUUUAAACCCUGUUUUUUUAUUACAGGGUGGAGGAGAGCCUUUCGCUGAACAGAAAAAACAGUUGGAACAAGGGCAGAGUAAUCGCAAUAAUAAUGCUGAAAACGGUUUGAAAAUUAUCGCAAAUAAUGAAAAUGAUUCAAGCGUGAAGGCCGAAAAAUCGGAAAACAACACAAAGAAGUUGCAAGAAAGUGAAAGCAUUGUCUCUUCUUCCCUUCCAUCUUCGCCUCCACCCGUUGACAUUUUUGAGUUCAUGAUUAAACGACCCAUUAUUACGCUUUAUAGUCAAAAAAUGAAGGGUCUUAAGGAUCUUCUACUGGCGGAAAAACUAAACACUCAUGCUAUUUCGUUACAAGUAACCGCUCAAUCUGUUGCCAGUAAGAAGGUACGAGGAAUCGAUAAACUUGGAAAUCAUACAACAACUUCAACCUAUGCAACUGCACAUGUACCAAACAAUGUUCCACAACCUGCAAACUUAGCUGAAGGUAAUACCCAUACAAAUGAUAAUGGAGGCCCAUCUUCGUCUAUCGCGGCUGCACGUCCGAAGCGUUCUCGUCGCGAGUAAGUAACGCGACUAAGCAUUAAGAAGUUACGUGCGGAUCUUUUCGGCCUCGGCCUUGCCCACCCUUGGCGUAUAUUGUGUUGAUUAUGCUCCAAAUCGCUAAAUAAUCCUUGCAGCUAUCAGCACCAUUGGAAAUUUUCGGAAAGUAGAAAUAAACUAAAUUAAUUUAAUUCAAUAAUUAGUAAAAGAAAUUGCAGACAAACGUACAAUUGGAACGACGUUUUCCGCAUCCGCAAACGAAUGUUUGUUUGCUGAUUUAGGUUAUUGGCCUGGCGUCUAAUGAAGCAUUAUCGUCAUGAUUAAUGUUCAAUCUCCUUUUUUUUAAACUAAAUCGGUUUCUUAAACAAAUUUCUAUUCAAAUAUUUUUCUUUUUCGUUGUUCAAUUUACUCCACCGCAUGGCCGAGAAGCCAUUUUGAGACAGAAAAUAAGUAUAUAAAAUAAUUCAAAAACAAGUAAGAAAGUCUAAGUUCGGGCGGAGCCGAACAUUAAAUACC